CUCUUUAGAAACUUCUCCAGGGGAAAAGUGUUGGGAGAUCUACAAAGUGGAAUUCUCUCUCUCUCCCCCCCCAACCCCCCGCCUCUUUUUUUUUUUUUUGCCUUCCCCUUCACUCUCUCUCUCUCUCUCUCUCUUGCCGACUUUGUGAAAAUCCUCUAACUUUACAGAAAACCUCUUUGUUGUUCUUAACCCCCAUCUAGGAAGACGAGAGUAGGGGAGGGAAAAAACAAACAAAAACCCAGGCAGUCCCGACCCAAGCUGCUUGCGACAAAACCCAGCUCUACCUGCUUGCGUACUCCUCGAGCCGUUUUGGGGUGUGUGUGUUUUCUGUUUUGUUUUUUUUUUAAAAAAAAAUUUGUUGCAGAUAAUAUCGGGACAGCCGAGAGAAGCAAGAGUCCUUACUUGGCUGCUUCUCCAGGCGCUGCUUUUUGCAAACCUUGCUUUGGAGUGGGGCGUGUGGAUUAUUGUGCACGGGCUUUGUGCAGCCUCACCUAAGCUGUCUUUUGCUCCUUUUUGCCACCACCCCCCCCCCCGCCUCUUCCAGUGUCUUUUUGGGGGCAGGGGGCAAAAAAACCCCCCACCCCAAUCUCCAACCUGUUGCAUCUUGACAGCCUGUUGUAAUUUUUGUUUCAUUCUUCUGAAUCGUUUGGAAGUGGGAAAGCCUUUUUUUUUGUUGUUGGAAUCUAAGAAAGGAAAGGGUUGUUUUUUUUUGAAAGAAAGAAAGAAAACCCCUCGUUUUCUUUAAAAAGAAAGACGCUCCAUUGCCUUGGUUGCCAACGACAGUGUGCGCCCUGAAGAUGCUCUUGAGACAGGUUUUCUUCUUCUGCCUGUGGCUGGGGCUUUCGCAAGGCUUGGGCUCCUUUGUGCACUGUGAACCUUGCGAUGAAAAAGCCCUCUCCAUGUGCCCGCCCAGCCCUUUGGGCUGUGAGCUGGUGAAGGAGCCUGGCUGUGGAUGCUGUAUGACCUGUGCCCUGGCCGAAGGGCAGUCGUGCGGAGUGUACACGGAGCGAUGUGCCCAAGGCUUGCGCUGCCUGCCGCGCCAAGGCGAGGAGAAGCCCUUGCACGCGCUGCUCCAUGGCCGAGGGGCCUGCCUUAACGAAAAGAGCUACCGGGAGCAAGCCAAGAAUGAAAGGGAAUCCCGAGAACAUGAGGAGCCAACCACAUCAGAGAUGGCGGAGGAGACCUACUCUUCUAAAAUGUACAGGGGCAAGUCUCAUGGGCGCCUCUCUGACCUCAAGGUUGAAGCGCUGAAGAAGGAUCGCAGGAAGAAGCUAACUUUAUCCAAGUUUGUUGGCGGAGCAGAAAACACAGCACACCCUCGGGCUACUGCCCCUGAGCUGAGACCAGAAUUUGAACUUGGCCCUUGCCGUAGACAGAUGGAGGCAUCCUUGCAAGAGCUUAAAUCUAGCCAGCGAAUGAUCCCCCGGGCUGUCCACCUUCCCAACUGUGACAGGAAAGGAUUCUACAAAAGGAAACAGUGCAAACCAUCCAAGGGCCGAAAACGUGGGCUCUGCUGGUGUGUGGACAAGUAUGGACUGAAGCUGCCAGGAAGUGAUUAUGUAACCGGAGACCUCCAAUGUCACAGUUUCGACAGCGGCAACACUGAAUGAACAUCCCUCUUGUCUCUCUCUGCCAGAGCCUUUCUCUAUCCUCAGUCUACACCUCACGACGCCCCAGGAGACUGAUUCCUUUAAUGUCAUUUAAGAAUCUGAGGACCUCGGAAUCUACAGCACAUCACUUGCUCCUCUCAACAGCAAAAAAAAAAGACUAAAAAAGAAAAAAGCAACGCAUUAAGCCAAAAAAGGCAAGGACGACAAGCCAGCUAGCUCCAUUAGGACUAGGCCCUCAAAAAUCCCACAGGCCACCUUAUUAGCAAGCAACCUCAAGGCCACCCACCCUGACAGAACUCAUGUUUUAUUGUUCCUUUUACGUUGUGGGCAUAAAACCUUUA